AUGUCCGAGCAGCCCCCCGCCGACCCGCCACGCGAGCGCAAGUCGCGAUGGGAUGCCCCCGCACCCGGCGGCGACGCCGUGCCCGCAAUCGCACCGCCAGCAGCACCUGCCGUGUCUGCUGACCAGGCGCAAGAUGCGGCGGCCAAGGCGGCUGAGAUUGCCGCCAAGAUCGCGGCGUCGUUACGCGCACCCGGAUCGACGGGUCAGGAGCUCGUCGCGCGCGCUAAGAAGCCCGAGGGCGAUUUUGUCAAGGACAUCGAGGUCAACGACCUCCGUAACCGUUACGUUUUGACCCGGGCGUCGACUCAGAAGCAGAUCGAGGACGAGACAGGUGCAUCCAUCGAGACCAAGGGCCUGUGGGUGCCCGACCGCACGCGGAUGCCGCCAGGAGAGAUGCCGCUGUACCUCCACAUUACGGCCAAGACUCAGAUCGUCCUCGAUGCGGCCGUCAAGGAGGUCAUGAAGCUCGUGGACCAGGAGCUUGGCCCGCUGAUUGAGGAGCGCACACUGAUUGCGCGUGCGCGUGCGCGCGGCGAGGUGCUCCCUCCCGGCGUUGGGCAACGGCCAAAGUGGCCGGAGGAGAAGCUCUUCAUCAGCCUCGAGCCAAUGCGUAACUUUAACGUGCGCGCCAAGGUUGUCGGCCCCGGCGGCAUGUUCGUCAAGCACAUACAGGCGGAGACCGGUGCACGUGUACAGAUCAAGGGGCGUGGGUCUGGGUUCGUCGAGAACGAGACGGGCCGUGAGGGCGACGAUGAGAUGCACAUCUCCAUCUCCGCGCAAACAGACGACCAGAUCCAACGUGCGAAGUCGCUCGCCGAGGACCUGCUCAUGAUCCUACGCAUCGAGUACGAAAAGGCCCGCAACGGCGGCGGACGCAACGAAUACAGCGAGCCGUACCCGCCCAUGGGGGUACAGGGUGCGGCCGCCCAGCAUGGAGGUUACGGGCAGCAGGGACAGGGCUAUGGUCAGGUGGCUGGCGGCGAGCCUGGCGCACCUGCUGGCUCGAGCGAGGAGCAGUGGCAGCAGUACCUUGCGUACUACGCCAACAUGGGUUACGACGUCAACGACCCGCAGUUCCAGCAAUGGAUGCGCGAGCAGCAGGCGCAGCAGGGUGGCGCACCUCCGUCCUAG